AAAGAAACUUCUUGAGCCUGUUUGUCCUGGUUGUGAAGCACCUGUAGCGCCUCCUGGAGGGCAACAGGGAGAACAGGUCACAGCCAGAGUGGGAGAUGUCCAUGAUGAUGUAUUUUGCUCUGCUGAGGCAGCGGGAGGUGUACACAUUCAUCAGGGAGGGUAUGGAGCAAUGGAUGACUUUCUGUGCUGCCUUAACAACCCGCUGAAGCCUCGUCACGUCUGCCACGGUGCAGCUUCCAUACCAUACUGUGAUGCAGUAGGUCAGCAGGCUCUCGAUAGAUGAGUGGUAGGUCAGUAGGUUGGAGUCCAGUUUGUGCUUCCCGAGGACCCCCAGGAAGCGUAACCGCUGCUGAGCCUUCUUGAUGACAGCUGUGAUGUUGUUUGUCCAGGAGAUGUCAGCAGAGAUGAGCAUGCGUAUGCGUAUGGUUUCUUAGGUUUUGCACAAAUAAUUCAACAAAAACACUCAGAAAUAACAGUAAAUGUGUAUUUUUUGAUCAAUCUAGUCUCUGCUGUUGAACGCUGGAGCAUAAAAUAAUUUGUGUUUUUUAUUGUUUUGUCAUCUGAUCUGCUUGUUUGCUACUUCAUGGAUUGCCAUUAAAAUGUAAAACUUUGGAUCAUUAUUAGGCCAAAAGGAAAUUGCUGAUGCAAACAAAUGCAAGUAUGAUCCUUUGCUUUGCAGCUUUUCCUCAGGUGAGUAAAUGCAUUUUAACAUGUUUAACAAUGCACUAGAAAAUGAUUUAAAACUGUUGACUGCUAAGUUUCGUUUACACAUUUGACUGGAUGCUCCUGUGUAAAUGAACCUGUAUGAAGGCUGACUGAGUAAUCCAGUGAUAGAGCAGCUUUAAUGGGAGACUUCAUGUGUUUGAGGCUUUAAUCCCUCUUGCCACAGCCGCUCGUGUGAAGGCUUAGGCUUGUUUUGAUCUCUGUUGAGUAACUAGCUGCUCGGUGUGCAGGUCCAGGCUAAAUGCUCAGCUGUGAGAUCAGUCUGCUCAUUCAGAACCAACCUGUGAGGCUCCUCUGAGAAGAACCAUGACUGAGAAGACUCAGGAAGAGAUGGUGCUGCAGCAGAUUGAGCGGGAGGUGCGAAUGCGGGAGGGGGCCAGUAAGCUGCUGGCUGCUUGUUCCCAGAGAGAUCAGGCCCUGGAGGCCUCCAAGAGCCUGCUGACCUGCAACGCACGCAUUCUGGCUCUGCUCAGCCAGCUACAGAGGAUGAGGAAAGCGCAGAUUUUAGAAAAAGCUGGCAGCAGACCAUCUGAAGGUUUGGUGCCAUGUGCCGGAAAAGUUUCACUCUCAGAUCUGCGGAUUCCCCUCAUGUGGAAAGACUCAGAGUACUUCAAAAACAAAGGAGAGCUGCAUCGCUGUGCUGUGUUCUGCAUGCUCCAGUGUGGCACAGAGAUCCAUGACACCGAUCUGGUGAUGGUCGACAGGACACUAACUGACAUCUGUUUUGAAGACACAAUCAUAUUCAACAAGGUGGGCCCAGAGUUCAGACUUCGUGUUGAGCUGUUUAGUAGCUGCGCAGCCGAGGAUCUGUCCACAGGCGCCCUAGCGGCCAGGAGGAUGAGCUUCCUGGGAGGCUCUUUGGGAUGCUCCUCUGGAAAAAAGAUCCGUACUGCUCUUGAGUCUGCAGCACCUUUUGGAGGAGAUGCGAAACCUGGAUACAUUUCACCGCCUUUAUCAUACGACCAGUCGGCACUGGGGCCCAAGUAUAACCUGCUGGCUCACACAACGCUGACUGUUGAACACGUUCGAGAAGGUUUCAAGACACAUGAUCUGACACUUUCAGCAACAGAGGAAAGCCCGUUCUGGUUGCCUCUGUUUGGGAACAUGUGCUGUCGCUUAAUGGCUCAGCCUCUCUGUGUGCUUCAGCCAGUGAUUAGUGGCCAACUUCAGGUCAAGCUUGUCGAGGAUCUGAGUCAGUGGCAAAACCAUUACUGCGUCCUCGGGAGACAAACUCUUCUCUGCUAUCAGAGUCAAGAAGACCUGGAGUCUGAGGACAAGCCUUCCCUGGUAAUCCCCAUCAGAAAGGAUACCAGAGUCUGUUGUUCUGAGGCUGACUCGGCUCACGGCCGGCACAUUGUGAUUCAGCUUCAAGGAGAGGAUUUAAAAUACGCUGUAACCUCGCACAACACAGAAGAGACAAAACGCUGGAGCAAGGCCCUGCAGCAACACAUCUAUAACCUGAGCCAGUGGAAACAAUGUUGUGACAAUGUGAUGAAGAUAUCAACAAGGAACACCAAAAAACCCAACACGGUGAAGCAGGGAUCUCUGUUCCAUGAAAUGGUCACACCUUCCUCUCCGAGAAAGGGUCCUGUAAUUCCAGAUUUGUCGGCUGAGAUUCGCACUUUGCUUUUAUCCUAUUACAAGGAAAGAUAUUAAUUAAUCACCUUUCCAAGCUGCAACGAGGAAAAGAUCGCUCUUAUUCUGCCUCCUCGGAGUUCCUGAUCUGAUUGAGAUGGACCUGCUGAACCUCAACUUUACGCUCAGCCUGUGUGAAAAAAACUACAAGAGGCUGAAAACUUGAUUUGAUUCGUUUCACUGUAUAACCUUUGUAGAAUUAGAUUUAUGUUGCAUUUACUUUCAUUUUGACUAUUUUAAUUGAGCAGUUAUCUCUUACUGGCUUUAACUGGAUCCCGCUGUAACCACAGAAGGUGUUGUCUUAAGGUGACUCACAAUGCAAAUAUGUUUUACUGGAAGCUGACAGCACCUGUCCUGUGACCACCGGCAAACGUUUCCAAUCAAGCAGACUUGCUUGUUCAUUAUUAUAAUUUUAUUAUAAUUACAAUAAUUAAAAAAUCAUGAAGUGUUCUUCUUGCAGGACUAAAUGUACUACCUGGUUCCCUUUGAAUCUGCUGAUAAACCGCACAUGUAAGCCCAAAUCUUUCAGUAAAGUGGCAUGUUCCCACAUUUAAAGUGAAAUAUGUGCAGCCGUGAUGUCAAACCAGUUUUUUUGUUUCCAGCUGGAUUCUGGUUUUUUAUAUGUCUUAAAGCCCGAAGAUGCAAUCUACAAAAACUUGACUUAAAGUCACUAAGUAUGAUUUCCCUGGCAAAACAUACCUGCAUCAUUGCAAGCAAGCGGUAUUUUUGUGUUUGCGUAAGACCUUACCAACGGAUGGUCAUUAGGGUCAAAAAUGCCUGGGAACGCAGCGUCCAGCAACAUGACAAGCAUCAGACUUCCUGUCGUCACUGAAAACGCGUGAAGAAGAAAACGGCCUGCGCCAACUGCCAAAUUUAGAACUUUUUAAUGCGUGAGAGCAGGGAUGGAGGUCUUGACCUACACCUC